AUGGUCCUUGAAUUAGGGUCACCGCUUAACACCAUUCACAACAUUUAUUACUCAAGACUAGAAAUUAAAAAUGGUGAACCAAAUUGGUAUGGUGUUCUAUUUCUGGAGAAUAAACCUGCAACCCUUGAGGAAAUAUGUGCUAAUUAUUAUGAGAUACAUGCUAAUGUUGAGGAAGGUAGAAAAAAAUUAGUGGUUGGUGCUGAAGGAGCCCUUAAAAUUUUAUUAGAAGCUCUGUGCGUGCUUACAGAAACAUUUUGGACCAAGUGUUCCAAUUGCCAGUUUCGGUUCCAUUAUUCCAAUUCUAGAGUCAACAAAGAACUUGUAUGCAUAUACUGUGGCUGUGUUUUUAUUGCUAUCCCACUCGGUAGUGAUCAUUAUCCUACACAUUUUACUGUGUGUCCAAAUACUACAGUUCUUGCAUUAAGUGCAAAUUCAUCGAAACCUAAAUCUAAAGAAAAGGUAUCUAAUGACCAGUCAAAGAUCAAGAAGAUGUUGAUGGACAAAGCAAAGACAUAA